AUGAUACCUAUAAAGAAGCCUAAGAAGAGCGAUAACAUUGUACAAUCAUUUUAUGCUUCACCACUGUAUGAUUUUCUCUAUCCUUUUAGGCCUGCUGGAAGUCAAUGGCUAACGGAAUAUGUUAUUGUUCUCUUCGCCCUAAUUAUACGAUGUGCUAUCGGUUUAGCAUCAUAUUCCGGGAUGAAUAACCCACCUAUGUUUGGUGAUUUUGAAGCACAAAGACAUUGGAUGGAGAUUACUCAACAUUUGCCUAUUUCACAGUGGUACUGGUUCGAUUUAGAGUAUUGGGGGCUGGAUUAUCCACCACUCACAGCAUAUCAUUCAUAUGUUUUAGGGAAGAUAGGCUCAUUCAUAAACUCUAAAUGGUUUGCUUUGAAUGAAUCUCGUGGAUUUGAAUCACUGGAUAACGAUUUGAAGACUUAUAUGAGAUUUACAGUUUUAUUAAGUGAAGCGAUUUGCUACAUUCCUGCAGUUGUUUAUUUUACCAAGUGGGUAGGAAAACAUAGGAAUCAAUCACCAAUUGGUCAAUUUAUUGCUGCUGCAGCAAUUCUUUUCCAACCUUCUUUGAUGCUGAUUGAUCAUGGGCAUUUUCAAUAUAAUUGUGUUAUGCUGGGCUUGACAGUAUACGCAAUUAAUAGUCUUUUAGAUGAGUUUUAUGCCCCAGCCGCAUUUUGUUUCGUGUUAUCGAUUUGUUUCAAGCAAAUGGCUCUGUAUUAUGCACCUAUUUUUUUUUCAUACUUGUUGAGUAAAUCACUAUUCUCUCCCAGGUUUAAUUUACCAAGAUUUUUAUCUGUCGCUAUAGCAACUGUGCUUACGUUUGCAGCAAUGUAUGCACCUUUGUAUGUUCUUGGGGGAGGCCUUACUAAUGUGGUUCAGUCUGUUCAUCGUAUAUUUCCAUUUGCUAGAGGAAUUUUUGAAGACAAGGUGGCUAACUUUUGGUGCGUAUCGAACAUCGUCUUCAAGUACAAACAAAAAUUUACGCAGGAGCAGCUACAAUUUUACUCUUUGAUUGCUACAACCAUCGGAUUUGUCCCUGCUGUGAUAAUUAUUUUCCUUCGUCCAAAAAAGCAUGUUAUUUUGUAUGCUUUGACGGCUUGCUCAAUGUCAUUUUACCUUUUUAGUUUCCAAGUUCAUGAGAAGACAAUAUUAGUCCCUCUCCUACCCAUUACUCUACUUUAUACUUCUACGGAUUGGACUGUACUUUCAUUAGUAAACUGGAUAAACAAUAUUGGAUUAUUCACAUUAUGGCCUUUGCUGAAAAAGGAUGGUCUAAUGUUGCAGUAUGGAGUCUGUUUUGCUUUGAGCAAUUGGUUAAUAGGUAACUUUAGUUUUGUCACUCCCAAAUUCCUGCCCAAAUUUCUCACUCCUGGGCCUUCCAUUAGCAGUGUCGAUGAUAAUUAUCGCCGCAGAAGUUUAUUACCUGAAAAUUUUCUAUGGAAAGUUGCCAUUGUGUCAUCAUAUGUAAUCAUGGUCUUAAUUCAAAUUUUGGACAUCUUUGUUUCUCCGCCUAAGCGGUAUCCGGAUUUGUGGGUACUUCUCAAUUGCGCCUUGGGGUUUGCAUGCUUCUCCAUAUUUUGGCUAUGGAACUAUUAUAAGCUCUACAAGCUGUCAUACAAAACCAUGAAGCAGCUGUAA